UCCCGAAAUCGGAGGUCUCAAGGUUGGCAAAAUUAAAAAUGUCGAGCAAAGCGAGACCAGCUUGCUAGUUGUGGGGAGGCGGGGCCGGCGGACCGACGGCGCCCGCUCCAAGAUGGCGGCGAGGAGGCGUGGACAAGCGGGCGGCAAGGCGGGGCGCACUGGGAGCAACGCCGCAAUCAGCAUAAGGCUUGAGACCCUUCCGGGUCCCUGGGACCAAACUUGAGAAGUUUAAAAAAAGUGUGCGGCCUUCGUGGAAUGCCAUCCAUCCAUUUACUACCGCUUGUCCCUUUUGGGGUCGCGGCGGGUGCUGAUGUUCCCUUUGGUCCACGCCACGCCCCCUUGUUUGCGGAUGACGUCACGCGACGAAGACAGACAAUCCGAAGUGAGCCGACGCUGGGACCGAACCCGAAACCCCCCGAAAGGUCCCGGACACACCGGCGCGCGCCUGCAGGAGACGAUGGAGCCGUGAGCCGAAUCCGAGCCGAAGCGAGACGAGCCCGAGCUGCCGAGCGAGGCGAUGCUGCAGAGUGGACCGAGUGAAGAAGACUCCUGUCGCGCACACGCCUCACACGCACUUUUCUCAGCUUUGGACCGCGCGUGCACGCCCAGCAUGGAGCCCGACUCGUCGUGCGCGGGAGGAUGCCGACGCACGCGGCUGGCGCGCGUUCUUCUCCUGCUGCACCUGAUCGCCGUGCACGGAGGUGUCAUGGCGACCAACUCCACCCAGCUGGACGCCGCCACCGCCGGCAACGGUACCGCCGCGCUUGGCGAGCAGGAGGGCGCCGCUGAUGUGGUCGCCGUGGCAACCGGCCCGAGCGCCUGGGUCGCGCCCGACGUUGUUGUCGCCGUGACCCCGAGGGCGGGCCGCGUGCCUCGUGCCGGAGGGGCGGACGAAGGGGGAAGCGGCUUGUUCGGUGAACCCGCGCAGGAAGUGGGCGUGGCCUCACCGUCGCAAAUCAGCCCUGAAUCGGCCGAAACGGAGCUCCUGUUGCCAAGCAACCCUGUCAAACAGGACGUGGGAGAAGAGGAGGGGCGUGCGGCGCACAGUGACCCGCCGUGGAUCCACGACAAGGACAUCGCCGUUUUUGACCUAGACCCAUCCUUCACCAGCGCCGCUACCACCCGCCCCCCCAACCCCGAUGUCCUGCACGUGGACUUCUUUGACCCGUCCUCCCGCGGACGCAACCUCGACUUGGCUCCGCCCUCCACAUCGUACCCAGCUCACGAGCUUCAGGGCGGCGACCCGACUUCCUGGGCCAUGCCGGACAACUACGACUACCUCACACCGUACGAGGACGGGGCGUCGCCCACGGCCGACGAGUACACCGACGCCACCACUGCCGCCGACGCCUACGAGAGCGACGGCUCUCCGGUUCGAUCCAGGCCGCGGGGUCCGGGUCCGGUCAGACCGAACUUCCCCGCCGGGGUGCCCCCGGCCGCGGUCCCACUAGACGGUUCCGAUGGAAUGGGCGGGUGUCGGGUGGGCUACCGGCUGGUCAACGCCUCAUGUCGCUCGCCCUGCGACUUUGUGCCCAACUACUGCUACAACGGAGGACAGUGUUACCUGCUGGAGGGCGCCGGAACCUUCUGCAGGUGCAACGUGCAGGACUACAUCUGGCACAAGGGCGCGCGCUGCGAGGCGGUGGUGACGGAGUUCCAGGUGAUGUGCUUGGCGGUGGGCACGUCGGCCGUGGUGGCGCUACUGCUGUUCAUGAUGGUGGUCUGUUUCGCCAAGAAGCUGCAUGUGCUCAAGACGGAGAACAAGAAGCUGCGCAGACGCAGCAGUAAGUACCGGCCCACGUCGGAGCAGCACAAUGAUAAUUUCUCGCUGUCCACCAUCGCUGAGGGCUCCCACCCAAAUGUAAGGAAACUGUGCGACACCCCUCCUAACGCCCCCCAUGCCCGUGCAUUGGCUUACUAUGAUAACAUUAUCUGUCAGAAAACCAUGAGCAGAUACACGUGGGAGUGUAAGACCAAAGAGGAGUCCGACUGCGAGGAUGACCCUACUUCCCAGAACAAAUUGGAGGACGCGGUGAAGGCCCCGCCCCAGGAAGACGAGUCCCUGAACAUCCACAACGCUCUGACCCCCAAACACGACAACCACAAGCUGCUGGGGGAGGACAACUCGUCCGAGGUAAACUCUCUGCAGAACAACAUGAUGUGAAACUUUAAUCGUCACCUCCACGCCACUCGGGUCCACCUGGCCGCCCAGGCUGGGGCCCGCACCGAUUCCCGUCCUGCCCUCUUUCGCAACCCCCGCCCCUUGUUGCUGUCACAUGAGUACCCCUUACCUUUCUCACCACACACGCACACGCACACGCACACACACGCACACACACACACCUUCCUUGCCUGCAUUGUUGUAUUUUGUAAAAAGAAUUCCAAGGUGUGUAAAGAAGAAGCUAGUGAGAGCUUUGAUGUUUGUUAUUAAUCCAGUGAUGUUUUAAAUAUUGCAAACAAACACGACGUGUCUUUUCUUUCAUUUCUAACCCUUUCUUGUACUUCUUUUUAUUUGAUACUCUUUCAACCGACAACAAACCACACUUGUUAAAAUAAACCUUUUUAACAUCA